AUGAAUACCUCUACAUCUACAGUACAGACCAAGAGACGUGGGUUAAAGAAGUUUGUUGAAGAAGAAAAUGCGGCCACAUUGCAACUAGGAGAAGAGUUUCAGUUGAAACAAGUGAACCACCAGGGCCAGGAGGAGAAUUUGGUGGCGUUAAAUUUGAGUGAGGCUCGUCUUAUCAUAAAGGAAACGUUGCAAGCACGUAAGAAGUUGUUCAAGAGUUGGUCUAAGAACGGUAUUUCGGAGCAGGAUGUGGACAUGGAUGACGAAGACAAUGUGGAUGUGCAUACCCAGACACAGGAAAAGGAAUUGCAGGAUAUAGACAAGUUGCUCGAGCAGACGACUGGUGGGCAUAACCAAGCGUUGAAGCAAACUAUGAUAUAUUUGACAAACUUCUCGCGUUUCCGUGACCAGGAAACUGUGACUGCGGUAUCGCAGCUUUUGUCUUCGACAGGACUACAUCCAUUUGAAGUUGCCCAGUUAGGGUCACUUUCGUGUGAGGAUGCGGAUGAAGCCAAGACAUUGAUUCCAAGUUUGGGUACUAAGAUAUCCGACGAGGAUUUGGAGAGGAUAUUAAAGGAAUUAUCUAAUCUAGAAACAUUAUAUUAA